AUUUACCCACACCACAAGUUUCGCAUUGUCACCGGUAAAGAAACUAGUUCAAAUAGCUUAUAUUUCAAGACUGUGAAUUAUGUUUCUGACAAGAUCUGAGUAUGACCGUGGUGUUAACACAUUUUCACCAGAAGGCCGUUUGUUCCAAGUAGAAUAUGCCAUAGAGGCUAUAAAGCUUGGUUCAACAGCAAUCGGCAUACAGACAUCAGAAGGGGUAGUUUUAGCUGUUGAAAAGAGAGUUACUUCCCCUUUAAUUGAACCUUCUAGUAUAGAAAAAGUUUUUGAAGUGGAUGACCAUAUAGCCUGUGCUAUGAGUGGAUUAAUUGCAGACUCCAGAACAUUAAUAGAUCGAGCUAGAGUUGAAACACAGAAUCAUUGGUUUACAUAUAAUGCUAAGAUGUCAGUAGAGAGUGUGACACAGGCUGUCAGUAACCUAGCUCUACAGUUUGGAGAUGAUGAUGCAGACCCUGGAGCAAUGAGUCGACCUUUUGGUGUGGCGUUACUUUUUGCUGGCAUUGACAAGAAAGGACCACAACUCUAUCAUAUGGAUCCAUCUGGAACAUUCAUACAGUACGACGCCAAAGCCAUUGGUUCAGGAUCAGAAGGAGCACAGCAAGCUCUACAAGACACAUAUCACAAGUCUAUGACUCUCAAGGAGGCUUGCAAAUCUGCUUUAACAAUACUGAAACAGGUCAUGGAAGAAAAAUUAAACUCCACAAAUGUUGAGAUGGGACAGGUGACCCCCGAGAAGAAAUUCCACAUGUUCACAAAGCAAGAGUUGGAGGACGUGAUUAAAGACAUAUAAAUUUUGACAUUUAUUUGUUACAUUUUUUGAUAUGACAUUCAUGUUUCAUAUUUGUACCUCUGUAAUUGUAGGAACAAUUAAGUGCUAAUAAUAAAGAGAGGGAUGAUUUACGAGAA